AUGUGGGAUUCCAGCAAACAUGUGUGUUCUCCUGAACAGCCCAGAACCAACUCCCUGAGUCCCAGUGACAGGACAGCGAAUCGAUUUCUCUCCCUUUCCACAGUGUCCAGCACAGGACCUGGCAAAGAGGAGGUGGAUUGGGGGGUGGUGUCAGAUACCAAAUUCCAUUUGGGAUGUCCUAACCAAAACCGGCUCUUGUCCCAAAACAGGAAGCAGAGGAAAAACCACACCAGCAAACUGCAAGAGCUGGCAUUGAUGCUGCCAGUGACCCUGAAGACUGGUACCAAGAAGCUCACCAAGAAGGAGGUUCUCUUGCACGUCCUGCAGUACAUUCACUACCUACAGAGCAGCAUCAAUGUGACCAAGGCCUUGCUCCAACUCCACACCAACCAUGGGCAUGGCGGGCUCAGGGGGCUGGGUUGGAACCCUGCUGCAGGCCCCGCAAAGCAGAGACUCUCCACCCCAUCCAGCUCCCCACACUCUCAGAAGUCCCGUCUUUGGGGAGCAUGCCGGAAACCUCGGAAGAAAAAGCCUACCCGAGCAUCAGAACGCCAGACCCGGGCCCAGAACCCUCGUCGCUGUCUGGCCCUGGAGAAGCCUGAGAAGCUGGAGACCCCAUCUCCAGACCAAAAAGGAGGAAAUGUGGUGGGGACCACCACCCCUCCAAGAUGCUGGGACUCCUGCAGUCUACCCAGGGCUGAGGAAUCCUCAUUUCAAGGUGACAGGAAGGGAGGAAGACGCCAGCUGACAUUGCUGGAUGUGGCUGAGAACAGCGCCCACUGUGACAUCUCAAGCUGCUGUGUCAAAUAUGAUACUCAGGAUUCGGGGUCUUAUCCUGCUUUUGAGGCCCAGCAAGGGGUCGAGAUGAUCCAUUUUCUCAACAAGACCCAGCCUGGUCCCAGGCAGAAGCUGGUGUUCUAUGAUUCUGGCGAGGAGGUGGGCAAGGAGUCCCCAAAUGCUGACCCUUGGAUUCCUGCCUGGACUGCAGAGGGCAGCCCCCAAGAGAGCCCACUGGCCUUGGGGCCUCCCCAGAUUACCAACCUGUUGGAGACAGACCCCCUGAAGGAGAUCCUAGGGCUCAGCCCCUCCCUCUUCAGCUCCCCAGGGAAAUUGCUGCCUGAACAGAUCUUGGAGGAUGGCAAUGAAUACCUGACCCAAGCUCUCUUUGAGGAAAUAUUGUUAGAUUCUGCACCUUCACCUUCUGCCUGCAUCCUCGAGGAACCACAGAAGAAGGACAUGCCCCCUGAGGUCCCCAAAGACCCCCCUGACUCCCACGACCUGGGCCAGUCCUCGGUCUCGCUGGACCACUGCUACCUCUCGCUGAGUGAAAACAGCAAGGUGCCGUCCAGCCCCAGCUCGGAGGACAUGGACACAGACUCGGUGUGGAGGCAGCAGGAGGACACUCAGGCUGACUUCGAGGGCCUGCAGUCCUCCAGCGAAGACGGGGACUACACGUGGACCCCUACCCGGCGGGUCUCGCCUCUGCCCAUGGCCGGGAGGAAGGCCAGGAAGGGCCGGGCCAGCCGGCGUCCCUCCAAGUCCAAGGAGAGCAAGAAAGCCCCUGGCACCCCGCAGAUGAAGAAGAAGUGUGUCAACGGCUUCAUCAUGUUCUGCAGGAUGAACCGGAAGCAGUACAUCCGAGCCUGCCCUGGGACCGCAUCCACGGCCGCCACCAAGGAGCUGGCCCAACUCUGGCGGGUAAUGACCCUGCAGGAGCGAAAACCAUACUGCACCAAGGCGCGCAGGUUCAGUCGCCAGCACAACCGGAUCGUGAAGCAGGACAGCUCCAGCAGUGAGGACGAGAACUGGGAGACCCCCAAACCCUUCUACCAGCUGCUGGCCGAGAAGGCCCGAGGCUCCCCAGACCCAGUCUCUCCGGAGUUUCAGCAAGGGUGA